AUGGCGCAAGGACCCUGGGCAGCGCCUGAGUGGAUCACAAGUAUCAGAUAUGCAGCCCCUCUUCCUGCGGAGAUAUUUGGAACAUUUCCUACUCUUUUCGAUUACAAGGUGAUCCCCCCAGUUGCGAUAUCAAAUACCAGAAUAGUGGAUCCUGGGCUAAAGAAGGGCAACUGUUUGAUCUCCAGUCCUCUUCAUUCCAUCGGUGCAUAUUACAGGAUGAAUGGAUUUCGAUCUUAUUUGCCUUACGCAUGGAAAACUUUUUAUUAUGGUUCGGGUUCUGGACCGAUAUUCUAUACAAUACUUUCGAUGAACUGUGAGCAGUCAAUCAGCGACCACAACUACAUUCCUAUUAUUCCAUGCAACACGACAGGCUAUUCCUCUUCCUCAUCACCAACAUACUCUUAUGCAAUAGUCGGAGAAUACGUGUCCGUGGUAGAUAUGCCGUAUUCCUGCACCAUCAGCACAUACAUGGUUAUUCAACCGUUGAAGGCACUUCCAGAGUCCAGCAAUCUUUCCAUGUCAGAUUUGCAAGAUUACCUGCUUCUGGGGCUUCAGCUUUCAUUUUUGCCUCACUUCUGCAGCAGCCAAUGCAAAAUGAAAGGGCAAAUUUGCAACUAUACAGCUAUGGAUGAGAAUACCUUUCACUGCUACAACUCAAGCAACAUGUACAAAAAAUGUGAGUAG